AUGUACAUUGUCCUUGUUCCAAGUGUAAUGGUGCUGCAGUUGCACGUUCAUUUAGAACCUCUAAACAAUAAAACACAAAUUUAUUUUUUUUUAAAUUUAAUUCAAAUAUUUCAGGAUAUUUCUGUUCCUGUCAUAGCACAAGUGAAUGGACUUGCAACUGCCGCAGGAUGCCAAUUAGUAGCCAGUUGUGAUAUUGCAGUGGCCUCCUCUAAUUCACAAUUUGCUACACCAGGUGUCAACAUUGGGUUAUUUUGUUCUACUCCUGGAGUUGCUUUGGCUCGUGCUGUACCUAGAAAAGUGGCAUUAGAAAUGUUAUUUACUGGCAACCCUAUUAGUGCAGAUGAUGCUCUUAAGUCUGGCCUCCUUAGCAAGGUUGUACCUGAGGAAAAACUAGAAGAAGAAGUCAAUGCGAUUGCUACAAAGAUUGCUUCAUUAAGUCAGCCUGUUGUAGCUAUGGGAAAGUCAUGUUUCUACUCACAAACCAUGAGAGGACGGGAUCAAGCUUAUGUAGAGGCGGAGGCAGUGAUGGUUGAGAACCUGAAGCUUCGUGAUGGGCAGGAAGGAAUCAAGGCUUUUCUUCAAAAAAAGAAGCCAUCUUGGACACACAACUGACUGUCAUUAGCUGUAGUUCGUGUCUACACAAUAUUCAAUUGCGUUGGUUUCGCUUUACUUCACUACGCUCUGUGAUUGGUUAAAAAAAACUCACGCCAUUCUCUUAACCAAUCAGAUGUAAAACCUAAAUCAAUCGGUGCCCGGUCACUCACGUUUCCCGCGCUUCGGGCAAUGUUUGAACUCUAUAAUCUCAUUCACUUCUUGUGACAUGUCUCUUGUUCUGUUUGGCCGUUGGUAUAAUUGGGAAAAAACAAGGUAGGGGUUGUUCGUCAGUCCAGUGUUAUACUUCAGCAGUCCAAAGAAAAAGGUACUUUAUCCUCCCGGAGGAGAAUUUUAAUUGUUUGUUCACGUGAAUUGACCUUCAAAGUAUUACAUUUGCGCACACGAUUAUUUAUUUAAACUAAUGUAACGUUUUUGCAUAUAACAUUUAAAAACAAACUCAACGGAUACAACGCACUAAAUUGAUGAUGGCAUGAGUCAUGUCGAAACAUGUCUGCAAAAGAUUUUUCUCGUGAAUUUGAAAUUUGUUUUAAGAAUAAUAAUUAUUAAUAAAAUGCGAUAAUACAAAUAAA